AUGUUCCUCUUGGACUGGUUUUAUGGGGUCUUGGCCUCCCUCGGGUUGUGGCAAAAAGAGGCCAAGAUCUUGUUUCUUGGCCUCGAUAAUGCUGGCAAAACCACCCUUCUUCACAUGCUCAAGGAUGAGAGAUUAGUGCAGCAUCAGCCGACGCAAUAUCCCACCUCGGAAGAACUGAGUAUUGGGAGAAUUAAGUUUAAGGCGUUUGAUUUGGGGGGUCAUCAGAUCGCCCGUCGAGUCUGGAAGGAUUACUAUGCCAAGGUUGAUGCUGUAGUGUACCUUGUCGAUGCCUAUGACAAGGAGCGUUUUGCAGAAUCAAAGAAGGAAUUAGACGCACUCCUUUCUGAUGAGGCCCUUGCCGAUGUCCCAUUUCUCAUUUUGGGAAACAAGAUUGACAUACCAUACGCCGCCUCAGAAGACGAGUUGCGCUACCACCUCGGCCUGACUGGUAUAACCACUGGCAAAGGAAAUGUCAAUCUGGCAGACUCUAACGUGCGCCCUUUAGAGGUAUUCAUGUGCAGCAUUGUACGCAAAAUGGGCUAUGGUGAUGGCUUCAAAUGGGCUUCUCAGUAUAUCAAGUAG